CGCUCUCUUUUGGCGCAAAACGACGCUUCCGUUUACGUGAAGAGAGUCGAGGAAGUGAUCCGCGAAGAGUCGGAUCGAGUCGUGCAGUGUUUGGACGCAUCCACUGAACUGGCGAUCGCUUCGCUCAUCAAUGAAGAGCUGAUCACAAGAUAUGUGAUGACAAUCACAGGAAUGGAUAACUCAGGAGUGGUUGCGUUGGUUAGGGAUCGCAGGAGUGAGGACUUGAUCCGUAUGUACGAAGUGUUGAGUCGAGCGCAUAAUGGUGUGGAAGAGAUCCUCAAUUGUUUCAACGAUUAUCUUAAGACUAAAGAGGUUAUGGCUGUCGAUGUGGUAACAGAUGACGAUAUGGACUCUUGUGAAAACAUGUCCACAACCUGUGAUACCACUGUCUAUACGAAAGACUCUUUGGACCGAUUCGGUGAUGAUUUGUGUCAACACUUAUUGAGUUACCUAUCAUUUGAGGACCGAUUCCGAUAUGAAUGUGUGUCUAAACAGUGGCAGCGUUUGGUUUAUAACACGCAAAGGGAUCUCAUUGUGGACUAUAACUGCAAAUUCAAGGCAUUAAUUACCGACCAGUCGUUUGACAUAAUUGUGGGAAAGUGUAGAAACAUUACACGAAUUCACUACGAGUUAGGCCUACAGUCAAAGCCAUUCAACGCACCAAAACAUACCAAGUCCGUUGGGGACGCGAACCGACGCACGCAUGCAGUGUAUGAGUCGUGCGAAAGGGGCGCCACUUAUGCACUGUUUGUCAAACAUUCACGAAAUUCUUCGGUGGUUUGGUCUGAAAGGAUGAGGUUAGCAAUGGCCUCAAGAAGUGGUGACACAAACGAGUGGCAAGUCUUCGGCAAAGACUCGCUCGACAGACAAGACUUUGGCGACGAUUUGUGUGAACUCUUAUUGUCUUACCUGUCGCUCGACGACUGCCUACGACUGGAACCGGUUUCCAAACAGUGGCGCCGAUCGAUGUAUAGGUCGCGCACUGAGCUCACCAUUGAUGACGACUUCGACGCCUCCGUUGACAUCGACUCGCAGUCGUUUGAAUCGAUGGUCAAAAAGUUGACAAACGUGUCGACAAUCGACUUCUCGAGACCUGGCUUUCGGAUGACCGACGCGAUGGUGGACUCGAUUACAAGACACUGCCAUCGCUUGAAUGACAUCUAUAUUGAGUGCGAUUUGGAUGACAUCAGUGUCGGCGCCAUCGAUGGCCUGUUCGCGAGGUUUGCCAAUCAGUUGACGUCAGUUGUGGUCAUGAAUUGCGGCCGAAGUCGCGGUAUUGUCGAGUCUGUUGAGCGGAAUCUCAAGAAUUGUCACAAUUUGACGGAAUUCUGGACGUAUUACGAGCGCAAUGGUCACGAAAAGGGGUUUCAGAUGAUAGUGGGUGCCAAUGAUGAGCUUCCGUUCCCCCGAUUGCAGUCAAUUAACUUCGAGUACACCCAUCAAGACAUGCCGUGCUUUAAGACGUUUGUCAAUAGCUAUAGAAAUAGUUUGCAAUCAUUUGAAGUGUUUGUGGAUAAGAGUUGCGAUGAGGAGGCCANAUUUGAAGUGUUUGUGGAUAAGAGUUGCGAUGAGGAGGCCAUUGAUGUACUGAUGUCUGUGUCCAUACAAUCACUGCCCAAUCAGUUGAGACAAAUCGGUAUGAAUUGCGCGAAACUCAAGAGUCUAUUACUGCAUGUGUUUACCGAUAGCGACGAGACUUUCGGUCAAAUCAUACAAACAGUUAAUAAACACUUUAAGGGUUUAAAGCGAUUGCGAGUUAAACGCUAUAUGAGCGCAGAGUCCGUCAAAAACUUUGUGUUUAUCACUGAAUCUCUGGAUCAAUGCAAACGAUUAACGCAUUUAACGCUGGACUGCGAGUACCGGUCACUCGACGACUGUUUCGUAUUAAAUGCGAGCAAAAUAUUCCCAAAACUCGAGUAUUUGCACCUAAAAGGCCUGAAAAUAACGAACAGUGCGUUGAAUUCAUUGUCAAAAUUGGCAAAAAUACGAUACAUUAAACUCAAAGGCAUUGAGUUAUUCACGCAAACGGCGUUGUUUUGGUGUCCAUACAGUCAGCCAUUGAUAGCCAAGUAUUGUCUCAUAAGUGGUGAGAGGAAUGACCGCAAGAAGUAGUCAUACAAUGAAUGCACAAAAAGUCUCUUUGGACCGAUUCGGCGAUGAUUUGUGUGAAGUCCUGUUGAGUUACCUGUCAAUUAAGGACCGAUUCAGAUAUGAAUGUGUGUCCAAACAGUGGCAACGAUUGAUAUACACGACAGUCA